GCAGCUAACAACUACCGUGAGCUUGUUUGACAGAAGAGAAACGUCACCCCCUAAAAAACACAGAAAUCGACGACACGGGACUGAGAAAGCAGCAGAGCUUCUUCCCCAAUUUAAGCAAACAAACCGUUAGCGCAGCAAAUUCUCUGACCGCAAAAUAAUCAUGGAAACGGAAACCCAACGGAAAAUCGAUGAAACGGUGCGUCGCAUUCUGGAGGAGUCCGACAUGGACCAACUGACCGAGUCCAAGAUUCGGAAGCAGGCCUCGCAGGAGCUCGCCCUCGACCUCAACAAGCCGCCCUUCAAGGCCUUCGUCAACCAAGUCGUCGAGUCCUUCAUCGAACAGCAGCAGCGCAAACAAGAACAACAAGAAAACGACGACGAGGGCAACCAGGAGCGCGAGUACGACGACAAUGGCGAUCUCGUCAUUUGCAGGCUUUCGCAUAAGAGGAAGGUGACAGUUCAGGAGUUCAAGGGGAAACCAUUGGUCUCGUUGAGGGAGUUUUUUACUAAAGAAGGCAAGGAGCUUCCUACUUCUAAAGGAAUAAGCUUGACAGAGGAGCAAUGGUCAGUAUUUAAGAAGAAUGUUCCUGCUAUAGAGAAAGCCAUCCAGAAGAUGGAGUCACGGAUCAAUUGAGGGUAUCUGCUGAAUUUUUCUUAUGUUUAUCCUUUUUAACAUGUGUUCCUCGUCUUUGUAAGUGAUCUGACUCUGCUUUCAGUGAGUAUUUAGUUUAGAACUGGAACUGCUUUGAUGUUCAGAAUAUGGUGUUAUUUGUCAAGAGUGAUCACUCAAAAGACUGUUGGUGAAUGAGUGACUUGUGAACAUCAUCAUCCUUUCUAUUAUGUUUAAACAUUCAAGUAGUGCAACACCUUUACUA